UCGGAUAUCUCUAUAUAACCCUCUCCUUCGACCCUUCAUUUCUCACCCAAGCCAUCUCGGCUAGCUAUAUCUCAUAUUAUUAGCAAAGAUGACUUGUAAUAAGCUGCUUCUUGCUUUGGUUUUUGGUGCCCUAGUUUGCACUACUAGUGCUAGGAAGCUUCUGAGUGAAAAGGGUUCUUUUGAGGAUGAGAAGAAUUUAUUCCACCAUGGUGGUGGCCUAGGUGGUGGUGCUGGAGGUGGCGGCGGCUUAGGUGGUGGAGGUGGUCUUGGUGGUGGAGCUGGAUUUGGAGGAGGUGCUGGUGGGGGAGCUGGAGGUGGUCUAGGUGGAGGAGCUGGUGGUGGUGGAGGAUUUGGAGGUGGCGGUGGUGGUGGAUUAGGUGGAGGAGCUGGUUUUGGUGGUGGAUUUGGAGGUGGUGCUGGAGGUGGGCUAGGUGGGGGAGCUGGAGGUGGAGGAGGAUUUGGAGGUGGAGGUGGAGGUGGACUUGGCGGUGGAGCUGGUGGAGGGUUUGGCGCUGGUGGUGGUGCUGGAGGUGGGGCAGGAGCAGGAUUUGGUGGUGGUGCUGGUUCUGGUGCUGGACUUGGAGGGGGUGCUGGUGGUGGUGGAGGUUUUGGAGGUGGGGGUGGUGGAGGAGUAGGUGGUGGUUCUGGUUUUGGAGGGGGAGCUGGUGGAGGAUUUGGAAGUGGUGCUGGAGGAGGUGGUGGUUUUGGAGGAGGUGGCGGCGGCGGACUUGGUGGUGGAGCUGGUGGUGGGUUUGGUGCUGGUAGCGGCGCUGGCGGUGGACUUGGAGGUGGACUGCCUUGAAGUAACAGAGAUUGAUCAUGAGAGAAAAUUCCCCAGAUGACAAUAAUUAGCACACAUAUCUUAAACUUAAACCAUUAUGCAAUUGUCUGUUUUCUUCUUUUUUUUGUUUCAGAAGUGCUGAUGAAAUGAAUAAUUAAUAGAAUAAUAAGUAUUACUUUUUUAUAUUAUAAUUUU